UAAAUGUACACACAGGACUGGGCUUAGUUUGUUCAAAGAGUCAUUUGGCUGCGCAGAGGUCUAGCUUUGACAUGUUAUAAAUUCAAAGAUUAAGGCAAACUAUACAUAUCCAUAGGCGGCAGCCUGCUACUUUCUCCAAGCUCAAUCAAGUCUCCAGCCUAUCAUAGCAGACUAAAUGAGGUAACUGUUUUCAUGAUAUCGAUGAACUAAAGACGGCAGUUAUUAGAAGUGCCAAAAUUGCACACAAAGUAUAAAUCUGAAGCUGCUGAGGUUUGAUUUGUUGAAAGAGAAAGCAUUGCAGUCACUAAAGCUAAAGCAAGCGUUUUUCUGGUCUUGGUUGGCUCUUCGCUAUUCUAUAUUGGUUGGCAGCUGGAUCUGAAAUUGGUACGUUUAUAACCAAUGGAUAGUUUUGGUUGGGAUAGCUCACACAUGAUAACAAACACAUCCACCUUAUGGAGCAACCAUCAUCAACAUGAUCUUGAUCAAGAAAGCUUAUUGAUGUCCAAUAACUCGAGCUCCAGUGUUUUCAAUAUUCCAAUCCAAGAUCAUCAACUCCAACAAGUCCAAGAAUCUCACAAAAUGAUGAAGUCAAAUACCCAAAGUCCACCGAGUAAUGCUGAAAUGGCUCAGCAACAUUGGGGUGGUAAAAAUUUGGCCGCUGAGCAAUUGUGUCAGGCCCCUUUUAUGAUCAAUAGGACUUAUUCAAUGAACUCACUGAUCAGCAGUGCUUUCAUGGCUGAUGAUCAUCAUGUCGAGACUCGGCCAGCAUCAACUGCAACAUGUUCCAUUGAGUCUCUGGAUUGCUUGCUCUCUGCUACUAAUAGCAACACUGCAGAAGACACUACAUCUCUAAAUAAAGAUGAUGCAAUUAAUUCUACGAUUUUUCCAGAUUGUCGAAGAUCAAACUUAUGGAACUUCGGAAUAGGCAGUGCUACUACUGCAGUCUCAUCCGGGGAGACUGAGACCGCUAACAACACCUCAAGACCAAAUAGAGAAACUCAAAGUUUCAAUAAGAGAAGCCGCAACAAUGACCAAAGUGAUCCGCUCAAGUUUUAUGCAGAAAAUUAUGGUCAACACUUUGAUCUUCUUCAAACAGAUUCUUCAACUACUACUACAGAAGGUGGUGGGUUUAGGCUCAUCUCUGAAAACCCACCAAAGGCAAAGAAGCUCAAAUCCUCAUCAGAUCAGAAGUCCAUUGCUCUAAGCACAACCAACAUCAACUUUCAACAGCCAACUUCAUCAUCACUAUCAGGUUCCUCCACUGAUCAAGAACCUGAUCCAGAGGUCAUUGCACAGAUGAAGGAGAUGAUUUACCGCGCCGCGGCUUUCAGGCCAGUCAAUUUGGGCAUAGAGAUGGUGGAGCGGCCCAAGAGGAAGAAUGUGAAGAUCUCGUCUGAUCCACAGACGGUGGCUGCAAGGCAAAGGAGGGAGAGGAUCAGUGAGAGAAUUAGGGUUUUGCAGAAGCUGGUUCCUGGUGGAAGCAAGAUGGACACUGCUUCUAUGCUCGAUGAGGCUGCAAAUUACCUCAAGUUCCUCAGGUCACAAGUCAAGGCUUUAGAGAAUUUGGGCCAAAAGAUCGAUUCCAUGAGUAAUUGUCUUCCUCCUACAAGCUUUGCUUUCUCUUUCAAUCCUUCCUUUCCCAUGCAGACCCACCAUGUCCCACUCCACCUUAACCCUAAUCAUAAUAUCCAUCAACCCCCAAACUAGUCCCAAAAAAAAAAAAUAGAAGCCCUAACCCAAAAGACCUUUAAUCAUUUCCAUAAUCAUCAUCAUUUCAUCGACAAUGAUCAACCUCCCAAAAGCCAAUUUAACCCAAAUCAUUCUCUUCAUCAUUACAUCUUGAUUUCUAAUCCAGGGUUUUUAAGUCUCAUUCCAUGCCAUCACAACACCCACUACCCAAGACCUCCUUUUGGGAAAAUUCUAUUUCCACUACUAUCUUUACUAUUUCCACUAUCCAUGUGUCAUGUUCAGUGAAGAGAUUGAAUGUCAUGCUAUAUAUGUACAUAGUGGAAUUAGCAAAACAAGGAAAUAAUG